AUGGAUUCCUCCGCCGCCAUUCGAUCUUCUCACUGCUUUAUGUCCCACAUGCAAUCCUCACUUCAGAAGAAGCCAGUUGUAAUUCCCAUAAAAAAUGUUGGAUGGAACUUUCAAAAUAGGACUUUCAUCCAGAGAUUGGCAAUUAGUGAUAAGCACAAUGAUUCUCACAGCAAAUGGAAGAAAACACUAGUGUCUUGCUCAAAACCAACAGAAGCAAUUGAAACUGCCAAGUCCAAGGCUUCUUUGGAUAGCGUUACAGAAGAAUCUGUGGAGAAAAAAUCUUUGCAAACAGCUACAUUUCCUAAUGGAUUUGAGGCUUUACUAUUAGAAAUAUGCGACGAGACUGAAAUUGCUGAAGUGAAAUUAAAGGUUGGAGAGUUUGAGAUGCAUAUGAAGCGAAGCAUUGGAGCUCCAAUUUCCAACAUUUCACCGGCUACACCACCGCCUGUUCCAACUAAACUCAUAGUUGAAUCAACAACUUCAACCCCACCACCUGAACCAUCUCCAAGAAAAAUCAAUCCAUUUGGAAACGACUUCCAUGAUAAGUCACCAAAGUUGGCUGCAUUGGAGGCAUCUGAUACAAAAAAUUAUGUCUUGGUAGCAUCUCCUACGGUUGGUUCAUUUCGAAGAGGUAGAACUGUGAAAGGGACGAAGUUACCUCCUAUAUGUAAAGAGGGUGAUAUAAUCAAAGAUGGACAAGUUAUAGGCUAUUUGGAUCAAUUUGGCACUUCACUUCCUGUGAAGUCGCAUGUGGCUGGAGAAGUGUUGAAGCUACUCUUUCAGGAAGGAGAGGCUGUUGGUUUUGGAGACCCUCUUAUUGCUGUCUUACCAUCAUUCAACAUUAUCAAGUGA